AUGGAUACGACGUAUGGCAUUGCCGGCCUCAAUGAGGCGUUUUCGUCUGGGUGUGCGACGGACGCAUCCGGUCCUGCCGGCCGCGCCGAUGACGUCAGUAUGGGCACGACCAUCAUUGCGAUGCACUACCGCGAUGGCGUCGUCCUUGCCGCCGACAGCCGCACUUCGUCGGGGCCAAUAGUAGUAAACCGCGUCGCGCGUAAGAUAACGCGCAUCUUGCCGAAUGUGUUCAUGCUCCGUUCUGGUUCGGCGGCCGAUUCGCAGAUGUUGUCGCUGAUAAUCCGCUACCACGCGCAGGCGCUGCGAUCGCAGAUGAGGUGCAACGGACGCAGCAGAAGUGAAGCCGCGAGCCGGGAUGACGACUCGAUGCAGGUGGAUUGCGAAAUGUCUACGGAGGACGAGUACACGUACCAAUUCGAUGAAGCGGAUGUUUUCCCGCCCAUCCAGGCGCUAGCCACUGCUACUGGCAACUUAGUCCACUCUUAUCGCGAGCAGCUGUAUUGUGGCGUGAUACUGGGCGGGUACGACCUCGAGAAUGGACCGGAGGUCUACAAUGUUACGCUGGGAGGCACACUGGUGAAAGUACCGGACUUCGUUGCCAGCGGAUCGGGCUCUGGAUACAUCACGGCGUUUCUGAAAGACAACUUCCAGCCAAACAUGACCAGAGAGCAGUGCCUUCAGCUGUUGAAGCGCGCCAUCAAGUACGCAAUCGACCUCGACAACAGCUCAGGCGGCCUCAUGCGUGCAGUAGCGGUAUCCCGUGGCGGGGUGUCAGAAUUCUGCUUUACUUUCUAG